UUACUUGGGCCUCAGCUGUCACAGCAUGUGAAGUUGUUGACACAUCUGAUACAACUCCACCUAAGGAUGUGUCAAAAACCUGUUGCACGAUCCAAACACAAAUUAUGCAAACACAAGCAUCAGAUGGAUGGAUCGCUGGAAGCGACUGGGAAUACCCUGCCACAGUGUUAACAGGAAUCUAAAGUCAAUAUUAGUUUCAAAAGGAGGUCAGAAAUUUCACCCAAUAGCCGAUAAAUUCAUGUUACUUCUAAGAGCCUUCUGGUAGAAGACUGUUGACUUUUCAGCUUUACAAUCUGAGGCAUUGUCAUGUUGAAGGCUUAACUGAGACUGAAAAUGACGGAGGUAAAGCCAGCUGAGCUCAUCGUCGUCUGUUUAAUGCUACUUCACGGUUUUGUAGCAGCAUUGAAUUGCACCAGCCCAAGCCCUGAAUCCUUGUUUGAUGCAUUUGAGAAGGGUUUAUUUCAGAAAGACUUGGUGCGACCCGUAAAAAAAUUUUCAGAUCCACUUAACGUAACCAUUGGUAUCACUGUGGUGGGAAUUUUAGGUGUGAAUGAAAAAUCCCAAACCCUGACAACAUUCUUAUGGCAAGUCCUGGAGUGGGAGAUAGAGGGACUGAGCUGGGAUGAGAAGGAAUGUGGAACCAAAAGAGUCUCUGUCCCUCGGGAAAAGCUUUGGAUUCCAGAUGUCCGAAUCGCAGAGUUCAUGGAUGAGGACAAAUCUCCCAAAACUCCCUAUGUCUACUUAUUGAACACAGGUCAGGUUUAUGAUGAUAAGCCAGUCAGAGUGAUCAGUUCCUGCCGAUUAGGAAUCUACACUUUCCCCUUCGACAUCCAAAACUGCACUCUGACCUUUGGAUCAUAUCUACACUUUGGUUCAGACAUAAGGAUGAUUCAAGGCGACACAGCUGCAGAGAUCCUGAAGGAGUCAAGAGAAGUGAUAGAGACCAAUGGGGAGUGGGAGCUCAUAGACAUCAAAAUAGCUCCAUCUACUCUGACGUUAGCAGAGGCAAGCUACUCUGAGAUCAAAUACUAUAUUGUUUUAAGACGGAGGGCGGUCCUGUAUGUGGUGAACCUCCUGAUCCCCAGCUGCUUCCUCAUCACAGUGGACCUCUUCAGCUUCCUGCUGCCUCCCCAUAGUGUAGACCGAUCCUCCUUCAAGAUGACCCUCAUCCUGGGCUACACGGUCUUCCUGCUCAUCAUGAACGACCUGCUGCCUGUCACAGGGGAGACAACACCUCUCAUCAAUGUUUUCUUCUCCAUAAGCCUCGCUCUGAUGGUGGCCAGCCUGUUGGAGACGGUGUUUAUCACUAAUAUCCAGUUCAGCUCCAGCCAGUACAGUGCGGUGCCUCACUGGCUCAGCAUCCUCGUGCUACGCUAUCUAGCUGUUGUCGUUUGUCUCCCUCGGAAGGAAAAGAGCAACAGAAUCACAGUCUCACUCGAACACCCAACUACAGUAACAAAUCUCAGCAGCGUCACCAGCAUCGCGGGGGGACAACUUCACAGCAUCUCUGGUCCUGCAUCUCCUGGUGAUGCACUUUCAGUGAAACCAGCUCCGCAACCUCACGAGCCGGUCGUGGACGAGCUGAAGAAGCUGAGCAGAAAUCUCACAGCCAUCCGCCUCCAGGUGGACAAACACUUCCAGGGGUCCAAAACCUCACAGGAAUGGUACAUGAUCGGAAUAGUCAUCGACCGUCUGCUGUUCGGCCUGUACAUCAUCUUCAUCCUUUUCAGCUUUAUAACCAUCAUAUGUAUCUGGAUCCUGAGCAACUCGCAUGCAACAUGAUUUAGCCAGAGAGUUGAAAGCCUGACUGGAAUCAUACGAGCGUGUUUGUCACAGACCAGAGUAAAUCUAAAGAAGUUUCACAUGCUGUAUUGCAUGCUGUGUAUUGAAAUGUGGUGCUUGUUUUUUUUUUUUAACUCUGUCAAAGAAUAGAAAAUUAUUUUCUAGAUGUUGGAAAAGUUUGGUAGAGAUAUCUAAGUUUUAUUUGUCAAGAAAACUCUCACUGAGAGAGCAAUGAUGUUUGGAUUCAAAUUUUGAGUAAGAAACGGACAAAAUUAUUCAGUCCUGUUGCUUAAAUUAGAUCCAUCCUUAAUUUAAUUUAUACAGAUGGGAUUUUACAUGUUCUCAUGCUGCGUUACUGUAACGGGCAAAACAGUGGCAAAAGUUGUAAGACUUAGUCUGAUGUUAUACAAGUACUGGUCAUAGUGGUUAUGAUGUUAAAUUAGGAUGAUAUGAUCUCACUGUA